AUGGGUGGCAAAGAAGGAAAAAUCAAGGGCGGGUCGUUUAAAACCAUGAAUCUUGAUUACAGGCUGCUGCGCAACAUUUUCCACGAGAAUCCCACGCCUAUACAGAGGAAGACAAUUCCAAUGAUUCUUGAGAAGAGAAGCUUGAUGGGUAUAGGACGGACGGGAAGUGGAAAGACUUUGUGUUAUUUGAUUCCUGCAAUACAACGAGCUAUUGAUGGAGAAAAGACACUUGUGGUUGUGCCCACGAAGGAGCUCUUAGAGCAGGUGAGUAAAGCAAUGAAGAAGUUGGCAAGAGGAGUGAUGGAAGCGGAUCAGAUGAUUGAGAUAAGCACACCAGGAAGUAUUGAGAAUGUGGAUGUUAAUAUGCUCGUUGUGGACGAAAUAGACAGGAUUCUGGAGGAGCCGAAUCUUAGGAGAGUAUUUGUGGAUUUAAAUGAAAGGCUAAUGUGCCAGAAAGCCUUUUUUAGUGCAACGCUUCCAAAUCAUGCAUUGGAUAUAAAAAUAGUUGAAAUAGAGACGAAGAUCAACGAUACAAUCAAGCACAUGUUUUUCUAUGUGUCCAGUGAGAGUAAGGAAGCAGCAUUACUGAACGUUCUUGACAAGUUUAAAAAGACUGUGGUGUUUGUAUCAACAAAGUAUGGGGUUGAACUACUUCUUGAGAUUCUGAACAAGAAUGGAUUUGAGUCCCGAGGGAUAUACUCGUCUAUGGAUGACGAGGCAAGAGCAAUUAACUUUCGCAAAUUCAAUACAUCACGAUCUGGGGUUCUUGUUGUUACUGAUGUGGCUGCAAGAGGACUGGACAUUCCUCUACUUGAUACCGUAGUGAACUACGACCUGUGUGAUGAAAGAACGUUUUUACACAGAGUUGGACGUGUACGAGGACUUGGGGUGCAGUACAGUUUUGUUACAUACACUGAUAUUUUUCACUUCUUCAACAUACAAGAGACGUAUCUUCCAGACGUGGAGAUAGGUACGAUUCCACAAGAGCAUCUUGAUGGAUAUACUCUUGAUGGGUUUGAAGAUCUGAGGGCAUCAGCAUCCAAAGGAUAUCAGAAGUGCCUUGAGUUCCGUAGGAAAGUGAGUGUUCCAGUGGAAUAUAAAGACAAGAUCAUGCAAUUCAAGACUCAUUCGGUCUUUGAACACAAGGAGAUGCUUGUGGAUCAACUGAAAAAGAUGUAUGGGGAAAAGAAGAAGGAGAGGCGUGAGAACAAAGUGGUGGAAAACAAGGAAUAUAGAGACCAGACAUUUAUUCCGUAUGGUAGGAGGGAUACACGAAUACAUACGUCUGCUUUUGGGGUUGCCAAGGAUGAUUACAUUAUUGAGAGGAAAGAGAAGUAUUCAUUUUCAAUGGCAAGAAAAAGAUUCAAGCAUAAAAAGCAAGAAAAAUAA